GGAAAAAGCCCCCGGUCCAGGAAGCGCUACACGUAGUUUUCCCGACGAAUCUGCUGCAUCUGAUAAGACAGAAGAUCUUGUUCUGGGACCAGGUGAGGGUGUAAUUGGUUUAGUAGAGGAUGGGGCUGCCAACGCAGGAGAUGCGGCUGCCAAUCUAAGAGGUCUCACGAAUGCUGAUGUGCGAGCAGCGCUAAGAGGCGUCACGAAUGCUGAUGUCCGAGUAGCAGUGUCUGCGCAUAGUGCACUAGUGUUGCAGCGAGCAUGGCAGAUAGUGAACGGGCACACUUUUCCUCGAGUGCUGCAACAGCACGCUUUUUCUGGAUUGAACGACGGGUUUGUUGACAGCACCGUGCGGCCAUUGCUCGAUCAGGAAAAACAACUAAUCGCCGUACCCGAUCACGACUUUGUGGAUAAAAUCAGUCUGGACAGUUUCACCGGUUAUCUAGCCGUACAACAUUAUGGCUGUGAUAGUGUCGUAGGUCGUCGCGUAGAAGUAGAAAGCCAAAAGAAUGAUGUAGUCGAAAACUGAAAAUAGGCGAGUAACAAAUACAAUUUAACCGAGUAUCUGAGAUUAUAUUAUUUAGAUUACUCGCUUAUUUCAGUCAACAAAGUAUGGAGAAAACAUAAUCAUUGUAUAUCAGUUAUAGCAAGUAGAGCGAGGUUAUUUGCUCUCGUCAUGCUGCCUUGGAAACAGCAAAAGACUUGUUAGCUACGCUGAUGUCAAGAAUGCUCUAGUACUAAUAGGAGUAAGUAUGAUGGGGACAGACCAGUUUCUUCAGCAAGUCUUUCCUUCCUACUAAUUCUAUGCUUCCCACUCUGAUCUAAUCUCACAAGAAGCAUCUUCCCCAGCCACGUGAGAUGACGGAUGAGCAGGAGAAGGAGGAGAUUUCGGGACAGCUGCGGGAAUUGCAAGGUAUCCACGUACAUCUCUUUGGGCGCAAUGCGGGACUAGCGCACGUUAUUGUGUUUUUCUUCCACCUCUUGUAUCGCGCUGGCCGCGACCGUGAGCUCUUCUGCGUCCUACGAGCACUCGCGACAGCUGACGUGACAUUACGGCUUCCGCUGAAGGAGCAUUCUCUUCCUCAGCAGCAUCCUUGAUGGCUCUUCUUUUUCUGCUUGAAAAAAGGAUGCACUCAGGGAUGCUCUAAUGACGAUAGCUCUAAUGACGAUUUCGGACGAACAAAAACGGCAAGCACGACCAACACUUCUUACGGCUUCGUUAUCAUCAUGCGUUUUAUGCUGGUUAGCAGAUUUCGACAAGUAGAUCAGAAGUGCUACUUUUUCAUACAAGAACUUGCUUCUGCAACUAACUUUAGAAUUUGACUUGUUCAAGAUGAUGAUCUACACGGAUCAUGACUUCCAUGAUCUGUAGGUGCAAAGUAGAUAAUUAUCCAGGAAAACUUCUCAGACCACAGAUGUAGAGUCCUUAGUUUCACAGGAAGGAAACAACUCAAACAGAUGUAACCAAGAAAAGAGCUAAAGGGCAGCUCUCGUUCUUCUUUCUCGUCCUCUAAAUUGAAGCAUGGAGUCCCUCACACAGACGCUUUUCCAUCUCAGGCAGCGAAGAAUCUAUGUUUAUGGGGAGAUUUGCUAGGGCCGGAGGAUAA